UCUUUGUUUUGUGAAAAACUCCUUCCCACAUCUUCAGGAACAUUCUUAGCUAUCUGCAUUGGAACCUCCGAAAUAUAACCAAAGUGGGUGAAAUGGCAUCAGCAUCAGCAACCACUCACUCAGUUGGUUCAGCUACAUCCUUUGGCUCCAUAGUGAGCCCAAAAUUACAAUCAAAGGGUUUUGUUGUGAAAUACAAUACCAGGAACUGCCUUAGAAAGUUCAGUGGCCUUAAGGCAGAGGCAUUCGUACGAUGUGAAUCGGAGUCAUCAUUUCUAGGAAAAGAAAGUGCUGCAGCUCUUCGACAAUUCAUUACUCCUAAGGUCCACAAAGAAAAACAGAGAUCUUGGAACCAUGUUCAGCCCCAAGCAUCUUAUAAAGUGGCUGUUCUUGGAGCUUCUGGCGGUAUAGGCCAGCCUCUAGCUCUUCUGAUUAAGAUGUCUCCGCUAGUAUCAUCGUUGCACCUUUAUGAUAUUGCAAAUGUCAAAGGAGUUGCAGCAGAUCUCAGCCAUUGCAACACUCCCUCUCAGGUUUUUGACUUUAUGGGAGCUUCUGAGUUGGCCAAUUCUUUAAAAGGUGUAGAUCUAGUCGUCAUACCAGCUGGCAUUCCCAGAAAGCCUGGUAUGACACGGGACGACUUGUUCAAUGUUAAUGCUAAUAUUGUGAAAGGCUUGGUUGAGGCUGUUGCUGUCAAUUGCCCAGAUGCCUUUAUCCUCAUUAUCAGCAAUCCAGUCAACUCCACAGUGCCGAUUGCUGCUGAGGUUCUGAAGCAAAACGGUGUUUAUGAUCCUAAAAAACUCUUUGGUGUUACCACCCUGGACGUUGUCAGGGCAAACACAUUCGUCGCGCAGAAGAAAAACCUGAGACUCAUAGACGUUGACAUCCCCGUGAUUGGUGGGCACGCGGGGAUAACAAUUCUCCCUUUGCUAUCAAAGACAAGACCAUCAACUACUUUCACCGACGAAGAAGUGCAGGAGCUAACCGUGAGGAUCCAAAAUGCUGGGACUGAGGUCGUUGAAGCAAAGGCUGGAGCAGGAUCUGCAACUCUGUCGAUGGCAUAUGCAGCAGCUAGAUUUGUUGAAUCCUCACUCCGUGCUCUCGAUGGUGAUGCUGAUGUUUACGAGUGUUCUUACGUGCAAUCUGACUUGACAGAACUUCCAUUCUUUGCAUCUAGAGUUAAACUAGGAAGGAAUGGUGUCGAGGCUUUGAUUUCGUCUGAUCUCCAUGGAUUAACUGAGUAUGAACAAAAAGCUUUGGAAGCUUUAAAGCCAGAGUUGAAAGCUAGCAUUGAGAAGGGGAUAGCUUAUGCUCAAAAACAAACAGUGACUGCUUAGAAAUUAGCAUCAUGUCAUGUUAUAUAUAGGCUGAGCCCUGAAGCAAUGAGGAGAGUUUUAGAUAAAUUUUAGGAAAGAUUCUCAGCAUGACAAUUUUGUAUGGUUCAAUUUACUAGGUCCCUCAUUCUUUUUACUGGUCUGAACUCUACUAGUGUCUAUUAUUGCUUCCUUUUCAUGUCUUCUUGAGUUGAGAAUAUCAGAAACAACAUCCCUCCCUAUCCCUCACAAGGUAGGGGUAAGGUGAUCGAGAAAGCACCGCCCAAAGGUGCUCAUUGAGUUGGUCCUCCGGUGGCUAAAAUUAUCUGCGAACACUUUAUCUCUUCAGAUUCCACUCGUGGAAUUAUGUUGUUGUUGUUAGAGUAAAUUGUAUUGUAUUUGCUAUGAAUAUGGGACAGAGGGAGUAUUUAACAAAUAGCAACUACUCCAUUUGUCUAAUCAGAGAAAAUGAUGCUGAAGAUUC